CGGGCGCCUAAAAAGGGAACGGCACCUAUCGAGUGGACGCGAAGACGUCGUCGCUGCUGCUGCUGCUGCUGGUGGUGACUCGGCCGCUGCCGCUCUGCUGCUGCUGCUAAAUAAUGAGUCGUCAUGAAGGUGUCAGCUGCGAUUCAUGUCUAAAAAGUAACUUUACUGGACGUCGCUAUAAGUGUUUAAUUUGUUAUGAUUACGAUCUGUGCGCCGAUUGCUAUGAAGAUGGCGUCACCUCCACUCGCCAUCUGGUUGAGCACCCAAUGCAGUGCAUACUUACCCGUUCCGAUAUUGAGUUAUAUUUUGGCGGUGAGAUGCUAACAACGGAUCAGCCGCAAUCAUUUACGUGUCCUUAUUGCAAAAAAAUGGGCUUCAGUGAUGCAACACUAUUGGAGCAUGUCUCUGCAGAGCAUACAGAGACCAGUUUGGAGGUCGUCUGUCCCGUUUGUGCCGGGUUACCUGGCGGUGAGCCGAAUCUAGUCACAGAUGAUUUUGCUGGUCAUCUAACAUUGGAACAUCGGCAAGGACCCCGAGAGCUAAUAUCUUUUUUGGACGAGCCCUCGGCCAUACGUCAUGGCGGUGGUGUGCGUCGUAUACCGGGACGCACUUUAGGCGGGCCUCGCACCCGUCGCUCCAAUAUGCACUUUAGCUCAUCGAGCGGACUGUCGGCAUUAUCGCCAUCGGGUCGCGAAUCUGUCGAUCCCAUUGCAGAGCUCCUCUCUCAACUAUCCGGUGUUAGACGUGGCGUUCCACCAACAUCGCAAUUGCAACAAUUGCAGAUGCAAAUGCAAAUGGAUCGGCAACAGUUGACGGCAUCGCGCCAAAUUGAUCGGCUGCCAAGACGCACGCAUCCCAUAGUCUCAACAUCGAAUUCUAAUGCCACCAUGGCCGAGGUGAUUAGUGGUGGCGGCGGCAGCAGCGGUGCAGUUGGCAGUGGUGGCAUGAGUGCCAGUGGUGUGAGCGCACCGUCUAAUCUGCGCACCACAGAAUGGCCGGUGGGCGCGACCUUCUCAUCGACCAGCAGCCAUCAGCAGACACAGUCUAGCAGCCUGGCCGCCAAUUCACUCAACGCCAGAGAAGCGGUCGGCAACAGUUGCAUUGGCAGCGGCAGCGGUACUAGUAAUGCGCUGGGCAUAAGCGUCGGCACCGGAGGCUCCACAAUAGCCAAUGGCGGGGGCAACACUAACGUCAUGUCUGGCCAGGCUGGCGGCCAAGCUGCAGCUGGCGAGGCAUCGCAAUCGCAGUACUUGCUGGCCAAAUUCAUGCAGCCCACGCUAACGGAGGCCGAGUGGGCGGAUAUUGAGCGCAAGCGCGCCGAUCGCUCCAUGUUUGUGCAGUCGAUGUUGUUAUCGUUGUUAUGCGCAGAGGAGCUAGACUUGAAUACGUCCAAUGAGGAUGGUGACUGUUUAGCCAAGAGUGAUAAUGUAAAUAAGGAGCAGAAUGGCAGUGACAGCAAGCAGCAACAGCAACAACAGCAGCAGCAGGAGGAACAGGAAACGCUGCUUAACAACAAUGCAGAUGAGCAGCAACAGCCGCAACAGCAACGCGCUGUGGUACGACAGGUGAAUCAAAUGCAACAGACCUCGCCAGAGGACUUCGUAUGCGAUGAAUAUCGCUACAAAAACAAGAAAGCCAAUAACACAACAGCAACAACACAAACAAGCGGCACUGCUGCAACAGGAGGAUGUGGAGGGGCAGGCGUCGUUGGUGCUGGCGGGGCUGGUAGUGCAGCGGCCGCUGCAGUUGGCGGCAGGCCAACAGCAGCUGAUCGAGGUGGCCUCGAAAGACGUGGCCGAUCACAGCAAGCAGAGACUGCUACGGGCUCACAGCAGCAGUUGCAGCAACAGCAACAAAAAUACAAACAAAACGUGAAUGCGGCGGCAAACACAAAUCAAAUACCCGAUACUAGGUAGUGUCUCUCAACCAUAACAGCAAAAACAAACACAGCAACAUGUUGUAGCUGCUGCAGACUAAGUAACAACAGCAAUACGCCAACAAAAAAUGGAACAUUUUACCAACCACACCAACAACAUCAACAAGAACACAUUAUCAAUCAAUACAGCAACAGCAGCAGCAACAACUACAACAUA